UCGAAGCUCCCAAACUUCUCUCUCUUACCUGCAUCGUGCGCAACUAUCGUCGUCGUUGCAUUCAUCCCUCAAAAUGCUUCAAGGAAUUCAAUACAAACCAUCUGACUAUCAUGUCGCUUAUGCUAAAAGUGACGCUCCAAGAAUGGUGGCGAUUGCACCAGCUCCUGAAACAAAAUAUUUGACUUUGGACAUGCAAACUGAUAAGAAGAAGUAUAAUUACAAGAACACCGCGUACACCGGUCCUCAAGCUGUCUCUAUCGCGAGAAGGAACGCCCGCGAAAGGAAUCGUGUGAAACAAGUGAACGAUGGAUUCAAUGCUCUGAGGAAGCGGCUGCCCGCUACUGUCAUUGCUGCGCUGUCUGGAGGUGCGCGUCGUGGAUCCGGGAAGAAACUCAGCAAAGUGGACACACUCCGAAUGGUCGUGGAAUACAUCAGGUAUUUACAAAACUUAAUUGAAGAAAGUGACUCUGCCCACGGGAUUACAAGAACAUCGCAAGUUGAAACUAAAGCCUCGUACGAAGUGGAUGAAGGCGUUUUUGAUGGGAAUUCUCCUUACUCAGACCCAGUGCCCUCACCAGCUGGCUCGGAGUGUUCAUCUGGUGUGUCGUCAGCAUAUUCAGGAGGUUAUGUGCCAAAUAACUACCAACCUUACCAAGAGCAAGUGAAUCCCAUGGACGAGGAUGACUUGUUUGAUGCUAUCUCAUGGUGGCAACAGAAGUAAAGCAGUAUCAAAGUGUAGUAUAAUUGUAAAGUCUAGUCUUUAGAGUAAUGAACUUUACGUAAUUUAUUAUUUGUAUAAUAAUUUAGAAAAAUUGUAGUGAAAUACGUAACUAGGUAAAUCAAUUUAUUGUAUUGUUAUGGCUGU